UCCCCCAAUCUGUCGAAUCGAUCAAAGGAUAUCAGUAUCACAUGCUCACGCGCACACCCACCUCCCGAUCCCUAGCUAGUUUAUAUGUUUUAUUCCCAAAUUUAAAACCCCAAACCCAAACCCUAUUAGUUUCAGAAACCAAUUUUCCACGGGAGAAGAGAGAUGGAUCCGCACGAAGAGCAAGAGCAUGAGGUGUACGGAAGUGAAAUUCCAGACGAGGGAGAGAUGGACGCCGAUAUCGAUAUGUCUUCUAGGCUUGAGGAAGAUGAGGACCAGGGCCCUAACUCCAAGGAUUUGGAGGACAUGAAAAAGAGACUGAAGGAGAUCGAAGAAGAAGCUGGCGCUCUUCGCGAAAUGCAGGCUAAGGUUGAGAAGGAGAUGGGCGCUGUCCAAGAUUCCUCAAGUGCUUCUGCGACUCAGGCUGAAAAGGAGGAGGUGGAUGCCCGCUCUAUCUAUGUUGGUAAUGUAGACUAUGCCUGUACCCCUGAAGAAGUCCAGCAGCAUUUUCAAUCUUGUGGAACCGUUAACAGAGUGACAAUUUUGACUGAUAAGUUUGGUCAACCAAAAGGAUUUGCUUAUGUUGAAUUUGUAGAGGUUGAUGCUGUUCAAAAUGCCCUUUUGUUAAAUGAAUCAGAAUUGCAUGGCCGUCAGUUAAAGGUCUCUGCGAAGCGAACCAACAUUCCUGGAAUGAAGCAGUAUCGAGGAAGGCGUCCAAACCCUUAUUUUGGGUUCAGAUCCCGAAGGCCGUUUAUGCCUGCUGCCCCAUUCUAUCCUCCAUACAGUUAUGGGAGGGUUCCAAGAUUCAGACGACCUAUGCGCUACAGGCCAUACUAGUGGAACCAUUUUGAAAAGGCCAUUGAUUCAUGGAUUAUGAUGGUCACAUCAACAUUGGGGUUUAAUGAAGGGACAGAAGGACUUGUAUCAUCAUUUGCAUGGCGAAGGCCAGUCUGAUUUUUCUCAAAUUAAUAGCUUGCAGGCAGGAGUGCUAGAUUCUUGUGAAUCGAACAAAUUACUUGCUUUAUAGGGGAUAAAGGGGCGCCAGAUGUGCAAAUGUUGUGGAAUGUUAUUUUUUCUUUCAUGUAUUUACGAAUUCAUGAUCUAAGAUUUAAAGUUUCAGUGAGGUUAAGUUCAAACUUCAGGGGUUAUAUGAUUGGCCACGUGAUGCCUUUGUAGUUCAGAAAUCAUAUUGGCAAGUUAGUUAUUUUACAGAUUAGCUAUGGCCUGUUUGCCUCUGGCGAUUUAUUGUUCAAUUUCAUGUUUUAAUCAAACGUUACUUAACCGUGA